GUCUUCGUGCACCGCGCCGGCCGCACCGCGCGCGCCGGCCGCACAGGCGCCGUGUACACGCUGCUGCGCCCCGAGGACAUGAGGCACUUCAAGGCCAUGGCCGCCAAGCUGUCCGUGCCGAAUCCAGCCCCAGGCGCCCAACAACAUCCGGGGGGCGCCGCGGGGGCCGCGGGGGCGGCGGG